GCGGUCUUUCACAUAUGGCAUAGAUUCUUUUGAAACCACUGCUCUUGUACUGGGUCCCAGGGCAGGUGAGUGUGUUAGUUACAGCAGUUAUGGCUCUCCUGGAUGCAAAAGCCUGUUGUUUCAAAGCCAAAUAGUUUAAGGGCUCAUCUCUCCUGUGCAGGUUCCAAGGGUUGGGGUGCUUGAUAUGGGGCACAAACCCUUGCUCCACAGGCAGAAGCUCCAUAUUUGUGGGCUGUCUCCUGACUGUGAGUCACCACGCCAGGAGUGGGGUCUUAGCGAGACUGGGUCUUCUGCCUCUGGUACAGGACUUGAUGUGGCCCUUUUAUCCUUUCCUUGAAGGAGGUUCAGCUGGUUUUCAGAGCAAAUUGUUCCAUAUGUAGCUGUAAUGUGUCGUGUCUGGGAGGAGCUUCACCCAGAAAUACCCACCAGUGAAGUUUUUAUCCGAAAAGGAUCGUAAAAGAAUUUUGAUAACUGGAGGAGCGGGGUUCGUGGGCUCCCAUCUCACCGACAAACUCAUGAUGGACGGCCACGAGGUGACUGUGGUGGACAACUUCUUCACGGGCAGGAAGAGAAACGUGGAGCACUGGAUCGGCCACGAGAACUUUGAGCUGAUCAACCAUGAUGUGGUGGAGCCCCUCUACAUCGAAGUUGACCAGAUAUACCAUCUCGCCUCUCCAGCCUCCCCUCCUAACUACAUGUACAACCCCAUCAAGACGCUGAAGACCAAUACAAUCGGGACGCUGAACAUGCUGGGGCUGGCAAAGCGAGUCGGUGCACGUCUACUCCUGGCCUCCACCUCAGAGGUGUAUGGAGACCCUGAAGUCCACCCUCAAAAUGAGGAGUACUGGGGCCACGUGAAUCCAAUCGGCCCCCGAGCCUGCUACGAUGAAGGCAAACGCGUUGCAGAGACCAUGUGCUACGCCUACAUGAAGCAGGAGGGCGUAGAAGUGCGAGUGGCAAGGAUCUUCAACACCUUUGGGCCGCGCAUGCACAUGAAUGACGGUCGGGUCGUCAGCAACUUCAUCCUGCAGGCGCUUCAGGGGGAGCCACUCACGGUGUACGGAUCUGGGUCACAGACCAGGGCCUUCCAGUAUGUCAGUGACCUGGUGAACGGCCUGGUGUCCCUCAUGAACAGCAACGUCAGCAGCCCUGUCAACCUGGGGAACCCGGAGGAGCACACCAUUCUAGAGUUCGCUCAGUUGAUUAAGAGCCUUGUUGGUAGUGGAAGUGAAAUUCAGUUUCUCUCUGAGGCCCAGGAUGACCCACAGAAAAGAAAACCAGACAUCACAAAAGCAAAGCUGAUGCUUGGCUGGGAGCCUGUGGUGCCACUGGAAGAAGGUUUAAACAAAGCAAUUCACUACUUCCGGAAGGAACUCGAGUACCAGGCAAAUAAUCAGUACAUCCCCAAACCAAAGCCCGCAAGAAUAAAAAAGGGACGGACGCGCCACAGCUGAGCCCCUCGUUUGGGACUGUGACUCCCAGUUUCACACUGAUGGAUGUGUGCUGUCCUCUUUUUUAUUUUUUUCUUAAAGAGAGACUUAAACAGGUGUCAUGAAGAACAAACUGGAAUUUGAUUCUGAAGCUUGCUUUAAAGAAAUGGAUGUGCCUAAAAACUCCCCUCAAAAACCUGCAAUUUUGCCUUGCACUUUUUAAAUCUCUUUUUAUGUAAAAUAGCAUAGACGCAUCUCUGCGUAUUUUCAAGUUUUUUAUCUUGCUGUGAGAGCAAACGUCGUGACUGUCCUUGACAGUUUUAUUUACUGGUUUCUUUGUGAAGCUGAAAAGGAACAUUAAAUGGGGGUGAAAAUGCCGAUUUUAUUUAUAGACGUGGGACCUAAAAAAGAGGUAAUGCUAUGCAUAAAGAAAGAAGAACCUAACAGUGUUGUCGGGUGGGUGGCGCCCGGCAUUUUAUUCUUCGGUGGAUGAAAGAAUUCUGUCUGAGAGCUUUACGUUUCUUUCAGUUCAGAAUUUUUCCAAGGUCCGGUUUUGAGUUGCAAACAUGACUUUGAAAUAUUUCUGUUGGUUGUCAUGAUCAGGAUAUUUGAAAUCACUACUGUGUUGUGCUGCGUACUUGGGGUGGGGUGGGGUAGGGGACAAAGUUAAAGUAUUCUUGGUUAACAGUGGUUAAAUAUGCUAUUUUAAUAAAAUAUUGAAACUCAA